AUGUCAGUACAAAUUUUAGGAGAUCAAGCAAGUGAAGAGAGAGGCGAAAAUGCCAGAUUAUCAUCAUUUGUCGGGGCCAUUGCUGUAGGAGAUUUGGUUAAAUCAACUUUAGGUCCUAAAGGUAUGGAUAAAUUACUUCAAAGUGGUAGUGAUAUAAAUAAAUCAUUAAUUACCAAUGAUGGAGCUACUAUCUUGAAGUCUAUUCCAUUAGAUAAUCCAGCAGCUAAAGUUUUAGUCAAUAUUUCAAAAGUUCAAGAUGAUGAAGUUGGUGAUGGUACUACUUCAGUAACCGUCUUAGCAGCUGAAUUAUUAAGAGAAGCUGAAACCCUUAUUAAUAAGAAAAUUCAUCCUCAAACUAUUAUUGAAGGGUAUAGAAUUGCUAGAAAUUCUGCUAUUGAAGCUCUUACUAAGAUUGCUAUAGAUAACGGUAAAAAUCCCGAUUUAUUCAGAAAAGAUUUGAUCAAUAUUGCCAAAACUACAUUAUCUUCAAAGAUUUUAUCUCAAGAAAAGGAACAUUUCGCCACUUUAGCCGUUGAUGCUGUAUUAAGAUUAAACGGAUCAACCAAUUUAAGUAAUAUCAAAAUCAUCAAAAUUCCUGGUGGGAAGUUAGGUGAUUCUUAUUUGGAUGAAGGGUUCAUUUUAGAGAAAAAAUUCGGUAUUAAUCAACCUAAAAAGAUUGAAGAUGUUAAUAUUUUAAUCGCUAAUACUUCAUUAGAUACUGAUAAAGUUAAAAUCUUUGGUGCUAAAUUCAAGGUUGAUUCAACGUCAAAAUUGGCUGAAUUAGAAAAAUCAGAAAAAUUGAAAAUGAAGAAUAAGAUUGAAAAGAUUAAGAAAUUCAACAUAAAUUGUUUCAUUAACAGACAAUUAAUUUAUGAUUACCCUGAACAGUUAUUCACUGAUUCCAAAAUAAAUUCCAUUGAACAUGCUGAUUUUGAUGGGAUUGAAAGAUUAGCUUUAGUCACAGGUGGUGAAGUUGUUUCAACUUUUGAUAAAACUGAAGAUAUCAAAUUAGGUUAUUGUAAAUCUAUUGAAGAAGUUUUAAUUGGAGAAACACCAAUGUUGAAAUUUUCUGGUUGUAAAGCUAAUGAAGCUUGUACUAUCAUUUUGAGGGGAGCUACUGAACAAGGAUUAGAUGAAGCUGAAAGAUCUUUACAUGAUGCUUUAUCAGUAUUAAGUCAAACUACCAGAGAACCAAAAACUUGUCUUGGAGGAGGUUCUUCAGAAAUGAUUAUGUCAAAAGCUGUUGAUCAAAUUGCUGCUAAUGAAACUGGUAAAAAAGCUUUAGCUGUUGAAGCUUUUGCUAAAGCUUUAAGACAAUUACCUACCAUUUUAGCUGAUAAUGCCGGUUUUGACUCCAGUGAAUUAGUCACUAAGUUAAGAUCAGCUAUUUAUAAUGGUAUGAUGACUAGUGGUUUGGAUUUAAAUAAUGGUAAAGUGGCUGAUAUGAGAGAUUUAGGUAUAGUAGAAAGUUAUAAAUUGAAAAGAGCAGUUGUUUCAUCAGCUGCUGAAGCUGCUGAAGUGUUAUUAAGAGUUGAUAAUAUCUUAAAGGCUAAACCAAGAACUGCUGAUAGAAAUCAUUAA